AUGUCACUUAAGGGCUUCAAAGUCUCAUCAGAUGGAUCUGUGACUUUCGUCUCUAGUGCUGGGCGCUUGGUGAAGGACCACUACAAAAGAAAGAGAAACAGAUAUUUGGGAAUUCUGGCCCUGCAAAUGAGGAGAAAGAAGAAAAUGAUGAAUCAACAGCAGAAAAUGUUGAAGGGGGAAAAGGCAGCGUUUUCAUCCUGUUCAUUCAUUCAAAGCAGUGCUGAAAAGUUAAACAACUAUGGUGCCUUUGACAAUCAAACAGAGAAUUUAGAAAGACAUAACAAGACCCAUGUAAUUAAAAAGCCUGAUGAAUGUAACAUCUGUGGGAAAACAUUUAAUUGUCCACGUGAGUUACGGAGACACAUGAGGACACAUACAGGUGAUAAACGUUAUAAAUGUGAUAAGUGUGGGAAAACUUUAAGUCGCUCAGGUCACUUAUUGAGGCACAUGAAGACACAUACAGGUGAAAAACCUUUUAAAUGUGAUUUGUGUGAGAAAGCAUAUUAUGAAAAGUCAGACUUAAAUAUGCACUUAAGGACACACACGUGUGAUAAACAAUACAAAUGUAAUAUAUGUGGGAGAGUGUUCUCCACUUCUGGAAACUUGAUCAGGCACAUGAGGACGCAUACAGGUGUUAAACCUUAUAAAUGUGAUGUGUGUGGGAAGGCAUUCUCUGUAUCUGGUGUCUUACAGAGACACAAGAAGAUACAUACAGGCGAAAAACAUUACAAAUGUGAUAUAUGUCAGAAAAUGUUCAGAGAAAAGUCAGAAUUAAAAGAGCAUCUGAGGACACACACAGAUGAAAAACCAUGUAAGCGGAACCCGUAUAAAUGUGAUGUUUGUGGAAAGUUUGUAUCAUAUCAUUUGCAGAGACACAUGAGGAUACAUGCUGCUAAAAGAUAUUAUAAAUGUAAUAUGUGUCGGAUAAUUUUCAGAGCAAAGUCAAUUUUAAAGAUGCAUUUUAGGACACACACAGGUGUUCUGGACCAGUUUUCUUUUCAAACAUCAGACUCUUUACAACACCCAAGGUCAUGCAGAGGUGAAAAAUUUUCAAAGUGUGAUAAGGUAUGCAGUCAUUCAAAUAAUAUACAGAGACACAAUAGCACAUACUUGGGAAAAGAUCCAGAUAAAUGUGAAGUUUGUGGGAAGGUGUUUAGUAAAUUAGUGUAUUUACGGAGACACAAGAAGAUACAUACAAGUGAAAAACCUCAUAAAUGUGACAAGUAUGGGAAAGAAUUCAGUGAAAAAGAGCAUGUGUGUCAGGAGCCAUUCAUUGAAAAUAUUGAUUUAGAAAGACACGAGAGGACACAGGAAUGUAAAAACCCAUUUGUUGAUAUGGGCAGGAGGGUGAGUCAUCAAAUUGGGCAAUUUGACAAACAAAUAAGGAUUUCUACAGAUAGAAGAUCCAGCAUGUGCCAAGUGUGUGGAAAAAUGGUCACUUGCAUGGGGACACACAGUGAAAAUGGGCAUGUGUGUCAGGAGCCAUUCAUUGAAAAUAUUGAUUUAGAAAGACACGAGAGGACACAGGAAUGUAAAAACCCAUUUGUUGAUAUGGGCAGGAGGGUGAGUCAUCAAAUUGGGCAAUUUGACAAACAAAUAAGGAUUUCUACAGAUAGAAGAUCCAGCAUGUGCCAAGUGUGUGGAAAAAUGGUCACUUGCAUGGGGACACACAAUGAAAAUGGGCAUGUGUGUCAGGAGCCAUUCAUUGAAAAUAUUGAUUUAGAAAGACACGAGAGGACACAGAAAUGUAAAAACCCAUUUGUUGAUAUGGGCAGGAGGGUGAGUCAUCAAAUUGGACAAUUAGACAAACAAAUAAGGAUUUCUACAGAUAGAAGAUCCAGUAUGUGCCCAGUGUGUGGAAAGAUGGUCACUUGCAUGGGGACACAGAGUGAAAAUGGGCAUGUGUGUCAGGAGCCAUUCAUUGAAAAUAUUGAUUUAGAAAGACACGAGAGGACACAGAAAUGUGAAAACCCAUUUGUUGAUAUGGGCAGGAGGGUGAGUCAUCAAAUUGGGCAAUUAGACAAACAAAUAAGGAUUUCUACAGAUAGAAGAUCCAGUAUGUGCCCAGUGUGUGGAAAGAUGGUCACUUGCAUGGGGACACACAUUAGGACACAGAUGCAUCAGAAAUCUUAUAAUUGUAUUUUGUGUGAGAAGACCUAUAAUCUUAAACAUUCCUUGAAGAAACACAUAAUGACACACACAGGUGAAAAACCUUGUAAAUGUGAUGUGUGUGGGAGGGCAUUCAAGGAAGCCUGGCUCUUACAGAGACACAUGAUGAUACAUACAGGUGAUAAACCUUAUAAAUGUGAUGUGUGUUGGAAGGCAUUCAACAGAUUAGGUACCGUACAAAUACACAUGAAGACACAUACAGGUGAUAAACCUUCUAAAUGUGGUGUGUGUGGGAAGGCAUUCAUGCGACUAUGGCACUUAAAGAGACACAUAAUAACACAUAAAGAUGAAAAACCAAAUAAGUGUAAUGAGAAGGCAUUCAACCAAUCAAGACAAUUACAGAGACACUUAGGAUUACAUACUAGUGAAAAACGUUAUCAGUGUGAUGUAUGUGGAAAAUUGUUCAAGGAAAAAGGUACCUUAAUGAUACACAUGAGGAUACACACAGGUUAUAAACCUUAUAAAUGUGAUGUGUGUGGGAAGCUAUUUAUCCAAUCAGGAGGCUUUAAAAAACACCAAAGAACUCACACUGGGGAAAAACCUUAUAAAUGUGAUAUGUGUGGAAAGACAUUUACGGAUUCAAGCAAUUUACUAAGACACAAAAUGACGCAUACAGGUAAAAAGCCAUUUAAAUGUAAUGUGUGUUUGAUGACUUUUCGCCAAUCAGAACACUUAAAGACACACCUAAGGACACGUCAUACAGGUGAAAAACUAUAUUGAAUAGAUGUCUGUGGACACAAGAGAUGUACAGUUGUGUAAAGUGUACAUGAAGACAGCUUCACUAGAUUCACUUGUAUGAAGAUAUGAUGCAAACGUGUGAAGCUCUCUAAAACAGUCAAUUGUGUGGGAAUGCUGUUCAUCAAGCAAAAUUAAAGAAACAAUUUAGAAAACAUAUUGAUAUUCAUGGAGGAAAGCCUGUUGCAUUUGACAAUGGAAAGUUAUUCACUUGAUCUCAACAUCAGUGGAAAAGGAUUAGUUGUAAAAGUACACUUGAAAGACACUUGAAGACACAUUUGUAAGAAAAAAAAUUAAAUAUGUGUUUGAAGGAAUUCAAGUUCACAGAGAGUGUAUAGAGACACAUGAAAAUACAAAUAGGAGAAAAACAUUGUAAUGAUGGGUGCUAAAAGCAAUAGUUGAAAAGACACAGUUGAAAAUACACGUAGAAACAUACAGGUGAAAAGAUUUGUGAGGGUACUGCGGGGAGGUGUACAUUGACAAUGGAUGCUUAAAACAUUAAAACCCAUACUGGUAAAAAUUAAUGAGAAAGCAUUUAUUCAGAUAGGACAUUUGAAGAGACAUGAAACCCACAGAAAGCCCUAGAAGUGUGAUUUGUUUCUGCGAAAGUUCAGUGAAAAAAAAACAACUGAAAAGGUAACAUAAGAACACUUUAAAAAUGAUGUUUUAUGAGAAGGUUCAGAGUAAUUAGAUAUUAAUUAAAUACAUGGCAAUGUAUAAGGAAAAACUAUUUUUUGAAAGUGUUUUGAUGAACAUUGUGGAAUUAAAGAAAACAAACCUUGUAAAUUUGAUUUACAUGUAUGUACGGGAGUAUUCAAUGAAAAUGGCAGCAUUAAAGGUCAAAUUCAUACAUAACCAUGUGUUAAAAGACAUUUUAAUAGAAAACGAAAACUUCAUUUUUCUAUGUAGAAUGCUACUUGUAGAUACUAGUUACCAUAUGUGUUAUAUAUAUUCUUUUAAAAAGCAUGACUGUCAGAAUUCUAAAUCAUGUUGAAGUCAGUGAGAUUUGUUUCUUUUAAGGAAGCUCUAAACACUAACAAAAAGUGCUUUUUAGGUCACCUCGACGAAGUUGAGAUGAGCUUAUGCUAUACCCCCGGCGUCGGCGUUAGUGUCGACGUCCCGGUAAAAGUUUUAGGAGCAAGUCCAUUACCAGGUAACUAAAAGCCCUACCUGGACCAAACUUACAUGGAUGAUGCAUCAAGGGAUGGAAACUACCACACUUGCUUCGGAUGCUGGCUCUGACCUAGAUUUUCCACAUGAGUGACCAGGUUAAAGUUUUUGGAGCAGGUCCGUUCCCAAGUAACUAUAAGCCCUACCUGGACCAAACUUGCAUGAAUGAUGCAUCUAGGAAUGGACACUACCACACUUGCUUCGGAUGCUGGAUCUGACCUACAUUUUCAAGGUGAGUGACCAGUUUAAAGUUUUUGGAGCAGGUCCAUUCCCAAGUAACUAUAAGCCCUACCUAGACCAAACGGCUCAACUAGGAUAUAUGGAUAAGGGCAUGAAUGAUGCAUCAAGGGCUGGACACUACCACACUUGCUUUUGAUGCCGGAUCUGACCUAGAUUUUUUAGAUGAGUGACAAGGUUAAAGAUUUUGGAGCAGGUCCGUUCCCAAGUAACUAUAAGCCCUACCUGGACCAGACUUGCAUGGAUGAUGCAUCCAGGCAUGGACACUACCACACUUGAUUGGGAUGCUGGAUUUGACCUAGAUUUUUCGCAUGAGUGACAAGGUUAAAGAUUUUGGAGCAGGUCCGUUCCCAAGUAACUAUAAGCCGUACCUGGACCAAACUUUCAUGGAUGAUGCCUCCAGGGAUGUACAGUAAUUCACCUGCUUCGGAUGCUGGAUCGGACCUAGAUUUUCCACAUGAGUGAAUGUUAGCCAUAUUUUAACCAAAUUAGCAGGGAUGAUGUAUCUAGGGAUGAAUACUUCAAGACUUGCUUUGGAUUCUGAAUGUGACCUACAUUUUCCAGAUGAGUGACCAAGAUAAUUUUUUCGAGUAGCUAUAUAAUAUUAUGGCCUGUUAUGAUAAACUUUGUAUAGAUGGUGCAUCUAAGGAUGAAAACUUCCAGACUUGCUUUGGAUGUUGGAACUGACCAAAAUUUUCUUGAGUAGUAAACAGGUUAAAAGUUUUUGAGCAGGUCUAUUUCCAAGUAACUAUAAGUCCUACUUAAAUCAAACUUGCAUGGAUAUUGAUCUUUGGAUGUACACUAAAUGGGAAAAAAAUAUGAUGCGUAAUUUGCAUUACUUAUAAAUAACAUUCGUCGAGUUGAACUUCGUAAUCCUUGAUUACCUAUGUUUGAACUUGGAGAAAAAUAAAUCAUAUAAAGGUGUGCAUAUUGAGUCUACUUAGUUCAUUUCAACAUAGGGUACCUGUCUUAUUUCCGCAGGAAAAAUGUUCAAAGCGAUGAACUAUUCAUGAGCAGAAAUCACUGUUGUUUACCAACAUUGGGAAAAUUAAUGGAAAAUAUGAACUCAAUUACCUAUUCUCUGUCUAUUAUAAUGCUAGGAAUAUUCUGAUCUAUUACAAAUUGUGUAAUUAACUGUAAAUACAUGUAAUCGUUUUUUCUAUCAUACUUCUAGGGCAGAUCACUCUAACUGCAUGAAACUACCCUGUAAGUAGAACUCUAUUGUGUGCAGUGUUAAGAGCUUCCUUAAUACGAGAAAGAGAUAUUACAUUAGGACAUAUGGGAAUACAUGUAUAUGAGAAAGAACUCUUAUAUAUAUUAUGUUUUGGAAGAGUUGGACAGGACAUCAUGUAUGAUAACAUAAAUGCAUGUAUAAUGUAUGUUGGUAAACCUCAACAAUUAAAUUUUUAUUCUUUUAACUUU